AAAACCGUACAUGACUCAACAGGACUCCACUAGUCAUUUCUAAAAUUAGCCAAUCGGACUAUACCUUUCUAAAUUUGGCAGAAUAAGUCAUUUCAUGUGAUGGAUUUGGGUCUAUCACCUAAUCAGCAUAACUGUGAUAUCCUAGGGUAAUCAAGAUGGCAACGCGUAUUGGCACACAACACGACUACAAAGGUGCGACAUUUCUUUCGUUUUACACUUCAUGGUAGUAUGGUGACGUCAGGUUUGUCUGUCGACACUGAAACCGGAGAUGCAAGACAAACGGACACUUUUUAAACCGGAAGUGGAUAUACAGAUUUCAAAGACCGAAUAUUAAGUCUUGCCACACGACGAGGAAAUAUUGUAUGCAUUAAUAACAGAUAAAACUGAAACCAAACACAUGGUACAAAAAUAUGGAAAACGAUAGUGCAAUACCAACGGAUAACCCGGAAACGGAUUCUGACCAUGUCAAGGUUUCAAACGAGUUUGAGAUUUAUUUAGUACCUGAACCUCUGAAAAUAGUAUCCAAUGCUAUAGUUGAUGGCGAUUUCACAUUAUACAAGUCUACCUUCUGUAAAGGAAUUUUUGAUGUGAAAGAAGCCUCAUGGAUUUUGCACUUGAUCUGUAAACGACAGAUUGGUGCGAGCGCUGCCGAGUUUUUGCGGGAAGCCAUUCGAUAUGGAUGUGACACUAGAGCUAAAGAUAACAUUGAAUAUAUGCCUAUACAUGUCGCUUGCUCAUUUGCAAAUUACCAUGCCGUGAAGUUCCUAGCUGACCUCGAUCCGUCACUCUGUAACGAAGUCGUUGAGAACUCGGUGUCUUUCUCCCCUCUCAUGAUGGCAAUUGAUAAAUUUUCAACCGAGAAAGCAGAUGAUUUUUCCAAAACGGUAGAGGUCCUUGUCAAAUACGGAGCAGAGGUUAAUACAAGUAUGAGAAGCUACAGCAACACACCACUGUUGAGUGCCGUGUUUCAUUACGAAAGGAUGCCAGAUAUUGUUCGUAUUUUACUUGACGCUGGUGCUGACGUCACUGCGCGUUCUUUAAUGUACAGAACACCUCUUAUUUUGGCCGUCUCUCAAAAUGACGAGCAGUCCGUUAUAUACCUUCUUAAAGCCAAGUCGGACCCAGAUGCAAAGGACAAAAUGGGCUGGACACCUCUACGACUCGCUUGUCAGAAACAAUACGCACCAAUCAUACGAGAUCUUGUUCAAUAUGGCGCAGAUAUCAAUUGUGAAAGGAAUAAGAACAACAAAGACAUAUUGACCGAUGCCAUCCAAACGUCACAUGGCGAUAUUACGGCACUUCUGUUCGAUCUGGGAUUGAAGGUUACACCAGAAAUCAUCAUGUUACAAAAUCCUGUGGUGCGUGCAAUAAGGAAGAGAAGCAACACACAUCUGAAGAUUCUACUUCGCGAGAAUUGUCCACUUGACGAGCCUUUACACGAACUUCCGUUAAUAGAGGCAGUUCAGACGAAUAACACUGAUGCUGACGUGUUGGAUACUCUCAUCCAAUCAGGAGCUGACUUUUCUGACGCACUGUUAGAUUGUGCAUUAACCGCCAGGCCAGGAGAUGAGGUGUUGGCGAGUUUGGUGGCGAGAUAUCACCAGGACGUCAGGACGCUGAAGACGCUUUGUAGUUUCUGUGUUAGAAAGUAUCUUGGCCUCGGAAUCAAAGGAAAGGUUCAGCGUCUGGUUGACGAUCACGUGGUCCCUCGAUCUCUUGUUAAGGAUAUUAUGUUGGAGCAUGUUCUCAAUGUGUAAACAGUAUAUACUAUAUCGAUCGCUUUGACAUCCGAAGAGGAGGUCCAGCAUUAAACAUAACACAUAAUAUUAUUUAAAGCUGCUGAAAUGAAAUUACUCUGGAAUGUUGAAUUCAAACUUGGGAUUACCUUUUUGUGUCAUCUGUGAAACAAGAAAGUUAUCAAAAAUAAAGUUUGGUAUUGAGAAAAAAA